AUGAAUGAUUUUGCACAUACAUUUAUUUUUCGUGAAACAACAUAUCAUAUUGUAAAAGAAACACCUGUAAGAUAUGUACUUUUUGCAAUUGAUAUUAUUUGUCUUCUUAUUUCGAAUUGUAUUCAUAUGGCUGUUGCUAUGAAUUAUGUGUGUCAUUGUGAAAUGAUACUUUUUUAUUGUAAAGCAAUUCGUAUACGUUUAGAAGAAAAAUCCAUACAUCUUCUUGAAGCUAUGAAACGAAUUCUUGAUCUUGGUACAUCAAUAAGUCAAUUAAAUAGUGCAGCAUCACGAAUGAUGUCAAUAUUAAUUAUUUUCUUUCUUGAACGUACUAUACUUGGUUUUAUCUUAUUGGUAGUUAAUCGAAUAUUUCAAGUUAAUAUGUGGAUUUAUCGAUCUUUAUAUACAGUGAUUUGGUUUUCCAUACUUGCUUUUUGUCUUGGACAAGCAGCUCGAGUAACAUCGAAAUGUGAUAAAUUUUAUCGUAUUAGUCUUUCAAUGCGUGUCUAUGGAUAUCAUAAUUCUACAUCUACUGAACUUGAUGGUUUUCUACUUUUUCUUUCUAAAGCUGAAUUACGUGUAAAAUUAUUUGGAUUAACUAUUCGACCAGGAAAAAUAAUAUUUAUUGGCAUAACAUUUCUUCUUAUAUUUAUUAUUCUUUUUCAAACAAGUAUUCUAUCGAGUGCAAAUUUUUUCUUGUAA